CCGCGGUUGCGCUCUUUUCCAGUCGGUCUCCAUCGAGAAGAUCGUACUUCUGUAACCAAAAUAGUUUCUUUUGAUUAUUGGGUGCAUCAGGCCCAAUACAUAACUUUAAAAUGGUGCAAAAAAAGCCUAAGAAGAAGGUUGGCAAGAAAGUAGCAGCCGCCCCUUUGGCAGUGAAAAAAGUUGAGCAGAAAAAGGAAGUAAACCCGCUUUUCGAGAAGAGGCCAAGAAACUUCGGCAUUGGUCAAGACAUUCAACCUCCACGUGAUUUGUCGAGAUUCGUAAAAUGGCCCAAAUACAUCCGCAUUCAAAGGCAAAAGGCCGUUUUGCAAAAAAGAUUGAAGGUCCCACCACCAAUCAACCAAUUCACCCAAACUUUGGACAAACAAACUGCCACACAGCUGUUCAAGAUGCUUGAAAAGUACAGGCCAGAAACUGAACUUCAAAAGAAGAACAGACUGAAGGCCAAGGCCGAAUCCAAGGUGGCCAAGAAAGAAGAGGCGCCAGCCAAGAAGCCAAACGUGCUCCGCGCCGGCACCAACACGGUCACAAAACUGAUUGAGCAGAAAAAAGCUCAACUGGUGGUCAUCGCCCACGAUGUCGACCCCAUUGAGCUGGUUUUGUUCUUGCCUGCCCUCUGCAGGAAGAUGGGGGUGCCGUACUGCAUCGUGAAAGGCAAAGCCCGCUUGGGACUGCUGGUGAGGCGUAAAACUUGCUCGGCUGUUGCCCUGACGCAGGUGGACUCUGGGGACAGAUCUAACCUCAACAAACUGGUCGAGACGAUCAAGACCAACUUCAACGACCGCGCUGACGAGAUCAGGAAACACUGGGGGGGUGGGGUGUUGGGCAGCAAGUCCGCCGCCCGCCUUGCCAAGCUCGAAAGGGCCAGGGCUAAGGAGUUGGCUCAGAAACAGGGCUAGGUUUGGCCUUGCGACUGUAAUAAAUAAGAUUUAUAAGUUACCGGUG